UUUUUUUAACUGUCAACACAAUAACGUCAAACGUCAACUGAAAAACGUCAAAUAGUUUUCAUGAUUUCAUCUCUUUUUUCUCUGCAAUAUUCAUAAUUUCUAAACUUUUCAAGUGCUAAAUUGGUGUAAUAAUGCUAAAAAUUCGGAGACUAGUAUCAUAUUAGUAAUAAUUUAAGUUAAUGAACAGUCAGUCCAAGAUGUCGAACGACAUAGCUGAAAGUGCAAAAGUGGAGGCCGCGGAAGAGUGCAACGGCCCGUCCCCAGACCAAACGCGACGAUUACUUGAAGAAGAAUUUAAUGUGCAACGAGCGAAAAUGAAAGAGUUGUUCUUACAAAAAGAAGAGGACAUGAGGAAGAUGCUGCAGGACAAGGAGCAGCUGGAGUCGGAGGUGCUGGGGCUCCGGGCGGAGCUGCAGCAGCUGCAGACCCUCAGUGAAAACCAGAAGUCCGAGAUACAGAGCUUGCAGAUGCUUGUUAGCGAGACCGUGGAGGCCUCGUCUUCAGGCACGGAAGAAGUGAGAAGACUGCGAGUCAGGAACCUGGAGCUGGAACAGCAUCUGAACCAAAUGAGACAACAACAACAGGAGGUGUCGCUGGCGCCGGCCACCUUCGUGCGCUCGCUCGCCAGGAAGCUCGGCGCUGAUGCUGAGGAGCAGCAGCCUAGGAAAGAAGAGGAGCUGCUCCGGUCCAUCAUCCAGCCUCUGGAGAUGGAGAUCUCAGCGCUGAAGACCAAGUUACGUGACACUGACGCGCAGCUACAGGACGCUUUGGCGAAAGCGAAAGCAACAGCCUCAGCGGCUCCCAGUGGCGAUGCCAAACAAGAUUCAGAAUCGAGCAGACAGUGCGACAUGUGCGUGAACUACGAGAAGCAGCUCGUGCUGGAGCAGGCCAAGGCCGAGCAGGCACGGGACCGCGCCAACAUGAAGGAACUCGCGCUCAAACAGGCGACGGACGAGCUAGAAGGCGUCCGUUCCCUGCACGACGAGACGGUGCGGUCGUGGCAGUCGGAGCGGUCGGCCAGCGCGGGCCAGCUGGACGCGCUGCAGGCCGCCGUGCGCGCCGCCGGCGACACGCUGGCGCUGCACGUGCAGCAGGCCGAGCAGGCCGAGCAGCGGGCGCUGCAGCUCGUCACCGAGCUCACCGUCGACAGGGAGACGCUGCAGAAGAAACUUGAUAGUUUAGAAAGAGACAACGCGAUGCUGAUUGGUCAGUACACGAAGAAAGCAGCUGAAAUGCAGAACGAAGUAAUAGACUUACCCGACAAUGUAGAAGAGCUACAGAUGCACACACUCCGCCUCCGUGAGCAGUUGAUAUUCUGCCAACUGGGCCGGGAGGAGGCGGCCGCCGCCGAGCGAGACCUCAGGGCCCAACUACUGGAACACGGAGACCUGUUCCGGAGACAGGAGGCUGAACUAGCCACGCUUAGAAUACAGCUCAAGGAGGCACUCGACGAGGUAGACCGACUGCAAACCGAGCAAGCCCAGAUGAAGGAGCUGGGCGACAAGCUGCGGCAGUCGAGCGAGCUGGCGGAGCGGCUGCUGGAGGACAAGCGGCGCCUGCAGGCCGAGCUGCACGACGUGCGCGCCCGCGUCUCCGUGCUGCAGCAGGAGCUGGAUAACAGUGAGAAGGUGCAGCAGGACUUCGUCAGGCUCUCGCAGUCGCUGCAGGUACAACUGCAACGUAUCCGCGAGGCCGACACGGAGGUCCGAUGGCAGCACGAGGACGAUGUGCACGACUGUCCCUCCUGCCACACACAUCUACCCAACAACAAGAAGAAGAUGCACUGCCGGCACUGCGGGCGCAUCUUCUGCGCGUCGUGCGUGUGCCACAGCGUGCCGGCGGGCCCGCGCGGCGCGCCCGCCCGCGUGUGCUCGGUCUGCCGGACGUUACUGCAGCCCCACGCCGCGCCCUACUUCAGCACCGACCCGCCGCGCUCGCCCGACUAGUACUCCAUCACACACGAGGGGCCAUCUCCGCACCGUCCAUCUUGCACAUACUUACCAUCAAAUGUUGAAGAGAUGCCUGUCGUCCAAAACGUUGCGCGCCCCGUGCUAAGUACCUAGUGUUCCAAGUGUCACCUCGUCGCGACUAUAGUAGAACAAGUGUAGCUAGCUGGUAGUUAUUAAGUUAUGUCGUUGGGACGCCCGGUUGGUAGGAUACGAGGUACGAAGUCAACAGCCAGAUAGGAUAUGAUGUGUUGGUUAUAAAAGACACACGUUACAUAAGAAUAUGUAUCGGUUAUUGUUAUGUUCGUCGACGGGUGAGGACUGGUGUAUCAUACUAGUGGUUUGAGAGUAACUUCGGACUAACACGCCGCGGCUUCGCAGCGAGAACACCGCUACAAGAUUAGCUACGCGCAAAACAACGCAUAUGCCACGCCUACGCGUGUCCUCGCUACGCAACCGCGACGUAUUCGUUUUGCGUCCGCUACGCUAGUAUAAAACCCAAAAGUUUAGAUCUUUACAUACGGUGCCUGGCAUAUAUCGGCAUUAGUCUGAUCUUACGUAAUGAAUUAGAAAUCUCGAGAUGUGCGAGCCACUGUCUCUUUCAUCGUUCGCGAGGUGCAGUGGUUGUCGGGCGGGCUGUUGACGCUGGGGUCGGAGUGCGACCGACAAGUGAUAACGUGUGCCGCUUGGCACUCGAUAGUAAGUUAUGACAUCUAGCGAUAGUUUAGGCUAAGAGUUGUAAUAUAAAAAUAUUUUAUUGUAAAUAAAAGAGCUCCAUAUUGA